UUGCAAUAUCUCCACAAUUUCACCUAAACCACUCCUCAUCGCGGAACGUUUUCGUUUCCACAAGAGAGAUCAGAAUGGGGGGGUGUUAGUACAUAUGUAGCAGAGUUGAAGAAACUCUGAACAUUGCCAGUUUGGAGAGAACAUAAAUGACACAUUAAGGGAUACAUAUGUUUGUGGACUGAAACAUGAACACAUUCAAAACCGUUUGCUCACAGAAUCAGAUCUCACGUUUGCAAAGGCGGUUGAAAUUGCUGUGGCUAUGGAAAUCGCGACUAAAGAUGCAUUUGAGUUGCAAAGUAAAAGAAGUACUGACCUGUCACAUUUCCCUGCACAAGUUUUCACGAAGCCGACAGCCCCCCCCUCCCUCCGUGUAGCCGAAAAAUGCAACAGGUGUGACAGAUGGUCACAGAGCAGAGGACUGCCGUUUCAAAGACGACAUUUGUCACAAAUGCAGUAGAAGGGGGGGGGGGCACAUUCAAAGAGCAUGCAAAGCAAAAUUCAGUCACAAAAGGAAAACUGAGAAAAUGAAAGGGUCUGUGAAUGCACUAGCAGAGAACAGUGGCAGUGAUUCAGAUGAACGAUUAAUUGGUACAAUGGAGUUAAACACAGUGGCUCCCAGCAGUAGCAUAAUAUGGAUGACACCAGAUAUCGAAGGCAAACCCCUCAAAAUGGAGCUGGACACAGGAUCUGCAGUGUCUAAAUUCCACUACCGUCUACAAUGAGCACUUUAAGGCUAUGUUGCUGAAGACCUACUAGGGAGAGAGAUUGAGCCCAAUGGGGGCGUUGCAGGUCAGAGUGCGUUAUGGGGGGCAAACACAGCAGUUACAGCUGCAUGUGGUGCCUGGAACUGGCCCCCCAUUAUUUGGCAGGGAAUGGCCUUCAAAAAUAAAGCUGAACUGGUGUGACUUGAAAAUGCUCCACACGUUCCAGUCCAAAGAGAAAGGCACAGACCAAACGCUGGAACACUUGCGGAAGAAAUACAACACAGUUUUCAGUGAUCAGAUGGGAACAGUAAAAGGCUUCACAGCAAAACUUGUACUAAGAGAUGACGCAACCCAAAUUCUGCAAAGCCAGAUCUGUUCCAUACUCCCUGAGACCAAAGGUGGAAGCGGAAAUCGAUCGAUCGCUUGCAGGAUACAGGGAUCCUGACAAGUGGACAGAAGCGAAUGGGCCUCACCCAUAGUUCCUAUUGUGAAGAAAGACGGGUCUGUUAGAAUGUUUGGAGACUUCAAGGUAUCUGUGAAUCCAAUGUUGCAUGUGGACCAAUACCUCCUACCACGUCUGGAUGACAUCUUUGAUGCACUAGCUGGUGGGAAACACUUCAGUAAAAUCGAUCUGAAACAGGCUUACCUGCAGCUACCGGUUGAAGAGAGCUCCAAACAGUACCUGACAAUAAACACACACAAAGGUCUAUACAGGUAUAACCGCCUGGUUUUUGGCAUUGCAUCAGCCCCAGCCAUUUGGCAACGAACUAUUGACCAGAUUUUGCAAGGAAUCCCAGGAACCCAGUGUAUCCUGGAUGACAUGAUCAUAACAGGACGCACCGACAAAGAGCACCUGGCUAACUUGGAAGAGGUCCUGAAAAGACUGAAAGAGUAUGGUCUACAGGCAAACUUACAGAAGUGUGAGUUCUUCAAAGACAAGAUUGUCUUCUGUAGACAUGAAAUUGACUGCAAUGGAUUGCACAAAACACAGGACAAAAUCGAGGCAGUGGUACAGGCACCACGGCCACAAAAUAUCACAGAAGUGAGAUCUUUCACGGGAUUGAUCAAUUACUACAGAAGAUUCCUCCCAAACCUUUCAGCAGUACUCCAGCCUCUAAAUCAGCUCCUGGAAAAGAAUAGGACAUGGCGUUGGACAGAGCAGUGUGAAAAUGCAUUUCUGGAGGCAAAACGGCUCAUAACAUCUGAACAGGUCCUGAUGCAUUUCGACCCUGAAAUGCCAGUGAAGUUGGCUUGUGAUGCGUCCCCUUAUGGCUUAGGGGCAGUCCUUUCACACACACUGAACGAUGGGUCAGAGAGGCCAGUUGCAUUUGCGUCACGAACAUUGAAUGAUGCAGAGAAAAACGACUCACAAAUCGACAAAGAAGCACUGGCUCUAGUGUGGGGCGUCAAGAAAUUCCACGCAUACCUAUAUGGCAAGCGUUUCACACUGGUUACAGAUCACCAGCCGUUGCUUUCCACUUUCAGUCCAAAGAAAGGCAUUCCGGCAAUGACAGCAGCCAGAUUACAGCGAUAUGCCCUGUUCCUUGCCAGUCAUAUGUAUGACAUUGAGUUUAAGCCGUCAUCCCUCCACACAAAUGCAGAUGGAUUAUCCCGACUGCCGUGUACAAGAGAAAGACAAAGGAGGGUGGAUGCAGUGGACAUGUUCCAUCCCGCUCAGCUCGAGGCACUACCGGUCACAAGCACAGUUAUCAAACAGGAGACAAGGAAAGAUGUGACCUUGUCAAAAGUGUACACCUACUCCAUGUCAGGAUGGUCAGCUACUGGCAGAAAGGAGCUAACUCCGUAUUUCCAGCGGAGAAACGAAAUUACAACGUACCAAGUAUGUUUGAUGUGGGGAAUGAGAGUCAUGAUACCCCAGAAAUGCCAACAUCUAGUCUUGCAGCAACUACAUGAAGGUCAUGUUGGAAUUGUCAAAAUGAAGCUGCUCGCAAGAAGCCACUUCUGGUGGCCAGGUCUGGAUCAACAGAUAGAAAACAUGGUGAAGAACUGUAGCAGAUGUUUGGAAACCCUUCACAUGCCUGCUCCUGUCCCAGUCCACCCAUGGGAAUGGCCCACAGAGCCAUGGCAGAGAAUUCAUGUGGACUACGCUGGUCCCUUUGAAAAGCACAUGUUUCUGGUUAUAGUUGAUGCCCAUUCCAAAUGGCCAGAGGUGUUUUGCACCGACUCCUCCACCUCAGCUCAGACGAUAGAGUGUCUCAGAACAAUGUUUGCACGCUUCGGAUUGCCGCUGCAGCUGGUAAGUGACAACGCACAAGCUUUUGUAAGUGACGAGUUUACAAGAUUCAUGUCAGUAAAUGGAAUCAAAUCUCAACCUCAGCUCCGUACCACCCUGCCACCAAUGGGCUGGCAGAACGCUUUGUGCAAACCCUAAAGCAAGGACUCCGUGCAGCAAAGCAAAACGAGACGAAGGGACUUUGCAAACAAAACUGGCCAAGUUCCUGGCCUCCUACCGAAACACCCCACAUGCCAG